GAUUGUAAACGCACUGAAACGCAAACCUUUUCUGGCAAACAGAAUUCCUCGAACGUCUGCCAGCUUGACGCGAACACACUUGCUUUCUGGGUCCGACCUUGAGUGCAUUAGGAUCCAGAGGAGCGAUUUCUCGGGAUUGUCUCUUCAAACUUUAUGAUUAAUCGUGGUGAAAGGUGUCCUGUCAGACAUGGUUGCCCCGGCUGUGACCACGAGCCAUCAUGUGGACCCGGAUCCAUUCUGCCCACAUCCACCCCAGACCCCCUCCGAUAGAGAUGAGGAUCUGUCCUGCAUCGCCGCCACCUUCCAGUAUUUACAAACCUCAGGCUGGUACUGGGGUUCCAUCUCGGCGAGUCAGGCUCGGGACAAACUCCUGGCAAAGUCUGAAGGCACGUUCCUGGUGCGGGACAGCAGUCACCCUCAGUACAUGGUGGCGCUGUCGGUGAUGACCCACUGCGGACCGACCAGCGUCCGAAUACAGUACAAGAGGGGUUCUUUCUGGCUGGACUCCCUCAGUCCUGAACUGCCUCACUUGCAGUCCUUCCCUGACGUCAUCAGUCUCAUCCAGCGCUACAUUGGCUCGGCACACACGCCACAUGGCCCGGCGACGUCGACCGAGGAUGGUCGACUCUCCAAAAUAAAACCCAAUCAUGUCCACUCCCCGCCCCUCGCCAAGGACAGCGGUGUGAUUCUGAAGCUGUUACGUCCCCUUCACAGGCCGGAGACUUUCCCUCGCUUACAGCACCUGGCGCGCCUCGCCAUCAACAGAAAUGCAAACUGCCUUGACCAACUGCCCCUCCCAAAGCCUCUCUUGGACUACUUGCACGAUUACCCUUUUCACAUAUGAGGGUCACAGGAGGCUGCGAUAGGGAUAUGGGCGGGGUCACAACUCGCAGGUGUUGAGAGAUCGUUGUAAUAAUCUGCUCAUGAAAAAGUAUGUCCAACUACUGUUGUCCUCCACAAUAGUCUUCUUUCAUGAUGAUACACAAGACUUCUAUUUUCAUCAUCGCCAGGCUUAUGUUUGU